AUGGAUCAAGAAGAGGGUGAACUAGCAGACUCUAAGACCUCAAAGAAGUAUGAUGAACCGAAAGCCCGAGAGCCCCGACGUCGUGACCGCAUAGAGGACGAACGGCGCCACCAGCGACUCACUGAAGAAUUGGAGCAAGUGAUGAAAGCAGAACGCAAUUUCAAGCAGCUGAUCAAGGACCUGGUAAACAAAAAGGGUGGAACACCGAUGCGUGAUGUGCUUGCACACCAGCUGCACGGAGGACAAGUACUGCUCCAAGUACGCCGUAAAAUGCUACCACUGCCGAGCAUUCGGACAUCACUCGGCAAUUUGCGAGCUGCCGGAGCGCAGCGAAGAUAUUGCGGACCAGCUAUGCAGAGCCCGAUCGGAGCUAGAAAGGAAUCGCGAAAGGAGGACCGCCAUCGAAAGACAGCUCCGUACUCGACGCCACUGAGCCUACUCAUCAAGCGCGCAAGAUGA